UGAUUGACAGCGCGUAAUUACAUAGUUAUUCCUGAAUUUUGUUGCACAUUUGUCACAAUGGUGCGAUAUGCUGCGCUUAAAGGUUUGUACGAUCUGGAAAAGACUAUUGGAAGCGGAGGUUUUGCAAAAGUUAAACUCGCUACUCAUAUUGCAACCGGCGAGAAAGUUGCUAUCAAAAUAAUGGACAAAACUGCACUGGGCGAUGACUUACCGAGGGUCAAAUUAGAAGUUGAAGCAUUGAAAACUUUAUUACAUCAACACAUUUCUAGACUGUAUCAAGUGAUAGAAACAGAAAGCCAUUAUUUUAUGGUGAUAGAAUAUUGUUCUGGUGGAGAAUUAUUUGACCAUAUAGUUGAAAAAAAUAGGUUGUCUGAACCAGAAUCAAGGAAGUUCUUUCGUCAAAUCGUAUCAGCUGUAGCAUAUUUACAUAACUUAGGAUAUGCCCAUCGUGAUUUAAAACCAGAGAAUGUUUUGCUAGAUAAGGAAGAAAAUUUGAAGCUUAUAGACUUUGGAUUAUGUGCAAAGCCAAAGAAUGGGAUAGAAACACAUUUGCAGACAUCAUGUGGUUCUCCAACUUAUGCUGCACCAGAAUUGAUAUUAGGAAAAAAAUAUUUGGGUUCAGAAGUAGAUAUUUGGAGUAUGGGAGUUCUUCUUUAUGCAUUACUUUGUGGUUUCCUUCCCUUUGAUGAUAACAGUAUAGAAAGUUUAUAUAGAAAGAUUCUUAGUGGCAAAUAUGACGAACCAAGUUGGUUAUCUAGUAGCAGUAGGAGACUGAUACGAGCAAUGUUACAAAUAGAUCCUAAAAAAAGAAUUACUAUACAAGAAUUGUGCAAUCAUCCGUGGAUUACAGCAGGAUUUCUCAAUCCUGUUUCGUUUGUUCACAAAACCAAUUUCGAGAAAGAUGAUGAUGUUUUAAGUACUAUGUCUGCAAUAUGUGGUGAACAUGCUUCAGACAUAUGGAAGAAACUUGUAAAAAGUGAUCGAACUGAUUAUAAGACUGCUACAUAUCUAUUACUCCUGGACAGAAAACUUCGUGGACUUACUCUUCGAAUAUCGUCUUCUGCAAAGUCUCAUUUUAAAUCAGAGUCCGACGGAAGAAAGAAUAAUAUUAUAACUAAUCUUGAUUAUUCUCCAAGAAACAAACCUGUUACUAAAUCGCCCAUAUUAGAAGCCACUUAUAACAUUUUACCAAAAACACCAGAAUCAACUGACAAUUUCAUGGAACCACAUAUACCUGGAAGGAAACGACUCCGAAGUAAAGAAACAGAUGACACAUGCUCCCCUGUCCCUGUUAAAAGGACGGCAGAAAAGGAUGGGGUCGUUUCCACCCCAACCAAUACUCCAGUAUCAGAAACAAGAGGAACGCAAUCGUCUACACCGGGAAGUGCAAGAAAAGUAAUAAUGGGUUUAGAACGUGGCUUGAAUCGGGUGCGAUGUGUCCUCACGCCAAAGAGGCGUGUCAAGAAUGAAAAUAUCGAUCCUGAACAACCCACUGUACUGUCUGGCAAAGGUCUUUGCAACGUGUCAUCAACAUCCAAUGACGAUCCGAGAUACGUACUAUCACAGUUACGUCGAGCACUUCGUCGUAAAGGAAUCAUGUGCCACCAAAAAGGGUUUAUCCUCCAGGGGGAAACAGAAGAUUGUACAGAAGAGGAUAAAGACACGGCACGGCCAUUUUCCUCCAGGAAUAUUUGUUCGUUCGAGUUGGAAGUUUGUUUAUUAGAGGGUAUUUCGAAUGAUAAAUUAUUAGUCGGUAUUCGGAGGAAAAGGUUGAAAGGUGAUGCAUGGGUUUACAAGCGAGUAUGUGAAGAGGUUCUCGCUCUGGCAGCUGAGGAUCUCUCCACGGAGCCGGAGGGCUCAACAGAAUCGAAAUGCCCUAUUUGAAGUCUUGCCAUUAGUAUCGUAUGAAGAAUGUUACAAACAUAUAUUUAAAUAUGCACAUCAGGGACAGUCCAAGAGAUUCUACGUCUACUAUGCAAUGAUCUCCAUUGAAUAGAUUAUAAAAAUAAUGCAGGCAUGAAGAGUAGCCCUCAACUUCCGCGUGCAACGUUUUGGUAGGUAUCGUUUACGGCAGCUGUGUAACCAGUGACGUAUGUGCACGAGAUCGUCUCCAUCCCACAGAGUAUAUUUUCUUCUCGGAAGGAAUAAUCUACAGGAGAUAUAUUAUAUUAAUUGUAAGGUGUGUCCGAAAUAUUUCUCCCAACUUCGAAGACUCAAGUAAACUCGCAGUUCUGGUGAUGAUUAGAACCGUCAAAUGUGUAAUAUUAUUUAUACAGUAUAAGAGAUCUAUACAUAAAUUAUAUCAUUCCUUACUGUUCGAAUUCAAUAUAGUCUUAUGGUAACAUAAGAUGAGAAUAUUUUCUAUUUUACUAGAGUGUACAAUUAUAUUUACAAAGAGAGUAAGGCAAUAAUAUAAGAAACAUACUUCCACAAGUAA